CUCUUUAGUUGUAAACACGUAUGAAAUACCACAGUGAGAAAUUCUUACCAAUUUUGAAGCAAUCAUCAUGCAGUUUGUGAAGUCAAGCAAUGUGCGGAGAAAGCGGAAAUCUGCUCGAUUGACUGGUGAACGCCGUCUCGGACAGUACGUCCACAAUCUUCAGUUUUACAGUGUACCGCCGUCGGACAAUAUUUCUUUGACUGAGUUCGAAGAUUUUGCCAUCGACAGACUAAAAGUUCUCAAACAUGUGGAAUCACUGGGAAUAAAGUUUGUUAAAGGAAAUGAGAAAUACCAGGAAUCCAUGGACAGAGAAUUGAGAAAAAUGAUGCCAAUAGCAAUACGAAAGACAUCAGAUGAAAUAUCAGACACAGACUAUGAUGAAAGAAGGAAAGACCACAUUUCUCAUUUCAUAUUGAGACUGGCAUACUGUAGAUCGGAAGAGUUACGACGGUGGUUUAUAGCUCAGGAGCUAGAUUUAUUUCGUUAUCGUUUUCAACAAGAAUCAAGAGAUAGUAUUAAACAGUUCUUGGAGGAAAACAACUUGCACUAUGAACCAAUUCCUGAUAAAGAGAAGUUGAAGAUCAUCAAAGAAUUGGCAAAUUCCGGAUACAACACAUCAGUAACCACUGUGGAAAAUACAGAUUAUUUUAAGGUUCCUUUCGUUGAAGCAUUAGAUCUUGUGAAAUCCAGAAAGGUGUACUUAGAGCGGGGUUAUGCGUACGUACCAAGAUCUGAUUUGGUAUCUAUUGUUCUGAGUGCUUUCAGAGCUCAUCUCUCGCAUUCACUUGCGAUUACCGCUAGAGCCGUUCCAUAUUUGGAAGAAGACAGUCGUUUACUACCAAUGCUGACAGCACUUAGUAAACAGUACCUCGGCCAGGACUACACAUGUAAAAAAGCUAAUGGAAAGGUGACCAUUGAUCAAAUUGAACCACUUUCAAAGAAGUCGUUUCCACUGUGCAUGCGCCAAUUGCAAGAAUCUCUGAAACAGGAACAUCAUUUACGUCACUGGGGUCGGAUGCAGUACGGUUUAUUCCUCAAAGGUAUUGGUGUGAUGUUAGAGGAUGCAUUGAGAUUCUGGAGAGCUGAGUUUUCUAAGAAGAUUGACCCCGAUAAGUUUGAUAAAUCGUAUUCUUACAACAUUCGUCAUAACUACGGUAAAGAAGGUAAAAGAGCCGACUACACCCCUUAUAGUUGUAUGAAAAUUAUAAUGACAAAUCCGCCAGCUAACGGCGAUUUCCACGGUUGUCCAUUUCGACAUUCGGAUGCUGGUCUACUGAGACAACGUUUAGCUUCAUAUGGGGUAUCUAAAGAUGGCGUCAAUGAGGUAAUGGGACUGGUCAGUAACUCUCACUAUCAACUUGCUUGUGCCAAGUACUUUGAUCUGACACAUAAUGUUGAAGCAUCAACAAUUGGUAUUAAUCAUCCAAAUCAGUAUUUUGAUGAAAGUCAGAAAAUUUUAAAUCCAAGUGCAGAAAGCAAAGCUUCCAUGUCAUCGAGUCAGAGUUCCCAAAUGUCUUGGAGCCACAAAAGUACUCCAUUUUCUCGGAGGUCUACUCAGGCUUCUCAACUGACUCCGCGAAAUAUAAAAGAAGAGGAAGUUGAGUUUGAUGACCUUCAAAUGAGUUACGAGGAACUGGAUGAUAUGAUGUCAGCUGUGGAAAAGGAUGAAAAGGCAACUAAAGCAUAAAAGAGGCUCUGUCUAAUUUAUUGUAAACACUGUAAAAACAGCUUGUCAAAUUAAAUAAAAGGAUAAGGCUUACUUCAGUUACUAUGUUAAAGGACGGCAGUCGUCGUGCCGUGUCCUGUUUGAUAUGGGACUCAUAGCAACGUAUACAAUGAACACGGCUGCGCGACAACCACCGCGCUUUAAUGUACAGUGUAUUUCAAAAACAUUUGAGUAAAUAUGAUACAAAAGAACUGAG